CAUUUCUUCUUUCCUCUCGUCUUUCUUGGGUGGUGUGUGGUGUGGUGGCUGGCUCUUCCGGUUUUUUUUUUUUUUUUCUAUCUUUCUUUUUCUGUCUUCUUCUAAUUCGGUUGCGGACCUUGACAAAUAGGUCGAAAGGGAUGCAAAGCAAAGGGAAAAAGGGAAAUGGAACGGGAGGGGAGGGGCAUCGGUUGCAUUUUCUUUCUUAUCUUUUUCUUUUUCUUUUGUGUUGUAUGGGGUUGGGGACCUACCUACAUUACCUCCUGGUACUACCUACCUACCUACUACUACCUAUUCUUCCGUGUGCUGUUUCAUACCAUACCAUACCAUGCUGUUGUUGUACCACCUGCCUUUCUAUCUUUACCUUAUCCUUAUCCUUAUCGUUGUCUUUAUCCUUGCUGUGGUGCUAGUUCAUUGCACUGUAUAGAUCCUUUCUUGUACCAUUUCACUCUUGAUUUAUUUUAGUUUUCUGGUAUCGAGAUGUGUUUUCGGGUGUUGUGACUUGGUCUGUGGUGUGAGUGGAUAGACAGAUCUACGUACCUACUGUACUCCGUGUACAAG